ACGGUUGGCAAGUAAAAUGCCUGUCAAACUCGAGUGCAUGGUUUACAAGCUGCGACAUAUUAUUCACAAAAAAAGAAAAGCAACGUGCCUCGUCUCGGCUUGUACAGGAAAAUCCUAUGUAAAACUUCAGCAACUUUUAGCGAUUCAACACCAUUUCCACAGGCUGAAGCAACUUUGACCGCUCUUCAUCGCUAAUUAGUCAAAGCUCCGGUGAUGGAACCAAAUACACACCCUCAGCACACACUUAUGAUUGAAGAAAAUGCAUCCCACAGCAUGGAAGUUGAUCCAAAAAGAGCAAGAUUUCCAUGCUGCAUAGUUUGGACACCUCUUCCCUUGCUGUCAUGGUUUAUCCCCUUCGUUGGCCACCUAGGGAUUUGUAGAGAAGAUGGAGUUAUCUUGGACUUUGCAGGGCCAAACUAUGUUUGCGUGGAUAACUUUGCAUUUGGGGCACCCACAUGCUAUUUCCAAAUAGGCAAAGACCAGUGUGGUUAUACCCAGUACUCUGCUGCAUAUAGCAACGAAGAUGGAUAUCAACAUGAUGAGCCUGGAAGAGGUGCGUUCACAUGGGACGAAACCUUGCAGAAGGGUACCCAAGAAUAUCAGCACCAAUCUUACAACAUUUUAACUUGCAAUUGCCACUCGUUCGUAGCAAAUUGUUUAAACAGACUCAAGUUUCGGGCUGGUGGGUGGAAUGUGGUAAAUCUGGCUAUUUUUAUGUUCUUAAAUGGAAGAUGGGUGAAUAAAUCAUCUAUUCUGAAGUCCUAUCUACCAUUUCUCAUAGUUUUGGGUCUUGGAAUCAUCUUUGGAGGAGCAACUUUUCUCGCUUAUUUGGCAGUCUUUGUUAUUCUUCUCAUAGUUUGGUUUGUUGUUGGCACUUAUUGCUUCAAGAAGUUAAUUUACGUGUAGUUUUUUCUUUCAUUAUUAUUCUUAUUCUUUGUAAUAUCCUUGGUAUUUGUGCUAUUAGCCCCCUGUAUGAUCUUCUUUCAUUUAACCGAUGUAAGAUUUGCUGUUUUGAUGUUA